AGCGAGUUGGCAGCCCCGCCAGUGUAUAUGCGUAAUUAACGCUAAUUAGGCAGAGAAAACAAUUUAGUUUCAUUCGAUCAGAGCCCCCAUAAAGUGCGGGUGUAGACGUCACUGGGAAUUUGCAUAACCGAGCGGCCAUCAGCUGCAGGCAACAACAACAACUAUCGUUAGACAAAGGGUACUAGUGCGAGUACAGUAAACAAAAACAAAAGCAGCGAGAUAAGCGACGAAAGACAAAGCAGAAGAGUUCAACUCGCCCGUUGGCAGAAAUUGAUACAAUUAUUUUGCAGAAACGGCAGAAAAAAAACAAAACAAAACGAAACAAAAAAAGAGCUACAGCAGGAAAUCAGAAAGCCGAUUAUUAAUCAUACACUUUUGGAUACGCCCAUUCCGCGGUCUCGGUUCCAAUCGCUGGUCAGUACGGAUUGAGCCAGCCGUGAGUAGAGAUGGCGCGCGAGGACGAGGAACGCAUCGUGGACAAUGAGGAGGUGUCGCAUCCAACGGAGGAGGACGCUGUUGCCCGACGAGAUGGGGGUCGGCGGGAUAACGAGCUGAGCCUGCCCUCCGGAGGCUGCUGCAUGCCCUCCAGCACGAGUCACCGGUUCAUGGCGCUGGUGUUCAUGUGCCUGCUGGGAUUCGGCUCCUACUUCUGCUACGACAAUCCAGGAGCCCUGCAAAACGUCUUCAAGAGGGACCUCGACCUGUCCUCCACCCAGUUCACACUCAUCUACUCCAUCUACUCGUGGCCCAAUGUCGUCCUGUGCUUCGUGGGCGGAUUCCUGAUCGAUCGCCUCUUUGGCAUUCGACUGGGCACCAUCAUCUACAUGCUGAUCCUGCUGGUGGGCCAGCUAAUCUUUGCCUUUGGCGGCAUACUGGACGCCUUCUGGAUAAUGAUCCUGGGUCGGUUCAUCUUCGGCAUUGGCGCUGAAUCGCUGGCCGUGGCCCAGAACAGCUAUGCGGUGCUCUGGUUCAAGGGCAAGGAACUGAACAUGGUCUUCGGCCUGCAGCUGUCGGUGGCUCGUUUCGGUAGCACCGUCAACUUUUGGGUGAUGCAGCCCAUCUACGACUACGUCAGCAAAUUCUAUCAAGGGCACACCGCGCUCGGCGUCGUCCUGCUGCUGGCCACUCUCACCUGUGUGAUGUCCAUGGUCUGCGCUCUCAUCCUCGGCUGGAUGGACAAGCGGGCCGAGCGGAUCCUGCAGAGGAACACCAACCCGGCUGGUCAGGUUCCCAAGCUCACAGAUGUAUUUUCGUUCAAGCCUCCCUUCUGGAUGGUUUCCGUCAUUUGCGUGGCCUACUAUGUCGCCAUCUUUCCGUUCAUUGCCCUGGGACAGAAGUUCUUCGUCGACCGCUUCGAUUAUACUCCGGCGCAGGCGAACACUGUGGACUCGCUGGUGUAUCUAAUUGCAGCCGGAUCGUCGCCCAUUUUUGGAUUCAUCAUCGACAAGUUGGGCAGGAAUGUUACCUGGGUGUUUACCGCCACGAUGACCACCAUCGGAGCGCAUGCCCUGCUCACUUUCACCCAGCUGACACCUUAUGUGGGCAUGGUCAUCAUGGGACUCUCGUAUUCCAUGCUGGCCGCCAGCUUGUGGCCCCUGGUUGCCCUCAUCAUUCCGGAAUACCAGUUGGGCACGGCCUACGGUUUCUGCCAGUCGAUCCAGAAUCUUGGCUUGGCCGUCAUCACCAUCCUGGCCGGUAUCAUUUCGGAUAAAAGCAACGGCGAGCACAUGUGGCUGCAGCUCUUCUUCAUGGGCUGGCUGACUAUCGCCCUGAUGGCCACCGGGGUCAUGUGGGCCUACAACAACAAGAAUCGCGGUAAUCUCAAUAUGACACCCCAGCAGCGGGCACAGUUCGUCAGCGCUGAGAAUUAUCAGAACUUUGAAUAGAAGGGGAUACAAAGGCAAACGACACCCGCAGAUCGGAUUAUUAUCGGUUAUUUAGUGUAGACAUAAAGUUAUUCUCUGCGGACAAUGCGCCAUGAUCUUGUUCCACGAUGUGAUGAUGAUGUGUGAUGUGCGUCUCGAGUCGCAAAUUGGUAUUUACUAACUGCAGUUGUUUGUCAACCGAGAACGGGCGAUAUACAAUACGCCCUGAUCAGCCGUGAAUCAGUCAGUAUUGGAUGUGUCAAAUGCGCUAUCUGCGAUUCGAGCCCGAUCAGGCCGGUUAUAUGCUAUUUUACGCUAUGUAUUUUUAGAGCAAUUUAUUAUUACAGUUACCGCAUGUUUUUGUGUCAACGUUUUACCAAUUAAACCAAACAUCAAAUCCUAAAACCAACUAAUUGUCUAAUAAUAACCAGAACUCAUUGAAGACUUGUGCGCCCAGGGCGAAGAUUCGAUAUUUAAUUGUAAAUAUGUAUAUGUUACUCGAACUUAUAACUCAUUCACACAACUUUGGUCGUUACUAGCAAUUUCAGAAGUUCAAAAGAAUGUCCUGGUGUAAUACAAAUUAGUUAAAUUUCCGUCUUGUUUAUACACAUGCCUUACUUGCAAAUAAAAAUUAUGUAAAUUACA